AUGAGCAGUCAAACUAAUCCAUCCCUGCUCUCCCAAAUUGCGGCUACUCUUGGUGGAAUUUUUCCCUUCCUGCGGGGAAAUGAACCUGAACUUGAAUUGGUGUCAAUCAGCAUAUUCUAUCAAGAAGUCCCAACCGACCGGCUCGAAACCGCACCGGUGCUUUACCAAAGAAUUUAUGAGCUACGUCAUAAGCGAGAAAAGUACAUGGUGCGCAUCUGUUCUCAACUUCAGCAUUGCUUUCACCCGGUCCAAGAAUCCGGAUGGGCUCCCUACAACCACUACCUCCAGUCACUGGCUAGAUGUCCCAGGAGACAUACAGAUUAUACACCAUACAAAAGAGGAGGAACAGCAUUUGAUAGUGAUAGUGAUAGGAUGGGUUGGGUAUUUAACCAGCGACCGGCGGUAUGCAGUAACCGCCGGUUAAUAGGCCUUUUAGCACAGUGGUUUAGACCGCUGCCUCUGAAGGGCACUGUUAUAUCGUCCCAAUGCUGUGAUAGGAUGGGUUGGGUAUUUAACCAGCGACCGGCGGUAUGCAGUAACCGCCGGUUAAUAGGCCUUUUAGCACAGUGGUUUAGACCGCUGCCUCUGAAGGGCACUGUUAUAUCGUCCCAAUGCUGGUUAGUUGGUCUCGUGACAGUUAUACCCCCAGGAUCAAGUGUAGAAGGGGAGUUUGGUGGUACAAUUGAGAAGUUACAGACCGUGCCAUUUGAACCCAACAAGCAAACCCCAUUCCAUAAAGCAGGAGAGUCUGCCAUGUGGGGUGAUGUUGCCAGCAUUGUCUCAUGGAUCGCAUCCCACAUAGUGGAGGAGGAAAAUGAUUGGACAAAAAUUGGUGAUGUGCCAGAGCUACAAUCACUAUAUAACCCGUCCAUAGAAGACAUAAUACGUAAUUACAGGUCACACUCCCACCCCCAGGAUUCACACGGGAAUUAG